AUGUGGGCCGGUAAAGGGAAAAAGCUAGAAACGGGACUAGCCUUGAACUCUCAUCGCAGUCACAGCAGCUCUUUCGCUCUAUCUCCCGGUCGCAAAACUGUGGUAGUCAUAGCUCGUUCUGCUCAAUUGAGAACUGUGAAUGUGAAUAUGGAAGAAACUGCGAUAGAUGCAGUAAUUUAA